AGAAGAAAGAGGAGGAAGCGAAGAAAGAGGAGAAGAAGACGAAAGACGAAGAGGAGUCAGCAGAGAAAGAGGAGAAGAAGAAAGGGGAGGAAAAGACAACAAAAAAAACGCAAAAGGGGAAGAAGAAAGAGAAAGAAAAUAAAGAGGAGGAGAAGGGGAAGAAGAACGAGGCGAAUAAAGAGGUAAAGAAGAACGAGGAGAAUAAAGAGUUAAAGAAGAAAAAACGGAAGGGCAAAAAGAAAGCAGGGGAGGAGCACAAAGCAGGGGAGCAGUCCACAACAGAGGUGCAGGUGAAAGCCCCCAUCGCGGCCCCGGAGCCAGAGCUCAGAGCAGAGGCGGAGGGGGAGGCUGAACAGGAGAGGCAGGAGGAGCCGGUAGAGGACCAGGACCAUCACUCCAUCAGCAGUGCAGAGACACAGCCAGCACAGGCGGAGCAGAAGGUGAACGCCGAGGUAGAGAAGGAGGUGGUAGAGGGGGAAGAGAAGGAGGCGGGAGUAGAGGAGAAAGAGAAGAAAGAAGAAACAGAGGAAGAGCCAGCCGAGCAGAUGGAGGAGGGAGAGGCAAACGGAGGGGAAGGGGAGAACACUAAUGGAGAAGACAAGAUGGCUUUAGCAGAGGAGGCCAAACCCUCCAAGCGUCCGCGGAUCAUGCAGUGUAAAGUCACCCUCCUGGACGACACUCUGUUUGAGUGUGAGCUCGGUAAACAUGCGACGGGCUCAGAUCUGUUUGUGAAGGUGUGUGACCACCUCAACCUGCUGGAGAGAGACUACUGUGGCCUGGCCGUCUGGGAUACCCCCACCUCCAGGACAUGGCUGGACGCCUCCAAAGAGAUCCGGAAACAGGUGGCAGAUUAUACAUACGAGUUCACUUUCAACGUGAAGUUCUACCCUCCUGAUCCAGCUCAGCUCACAGAAGACCUCACCAGGUACUACCUGUGUCUACAGCUGCGUAAAGACAUCCUGAGUGGCCUGCUGCCAUGCUCCUUUGUAACUCUGGCCAUGCUAGGCUCCUACACGGCCCAGUCUGAGCUGGGGGAGUAUGAUCCAGAGGUCCACGGCUCUCACUAUACCAAGGAGCUGAGGCUGGCCCCGGGACAGGGCAAAGAGCUGGAGGACAAGGUCAUGGAGUUGCACCGCACAUACAGAUCCAUGAGUCCAGCCCAGGCAGACAUGUUGUUUCUGGAGAAUGCCAAGAAGCUGUCUAUGUAUGGAGUGGAUCUGCACCAAGCCAAGGAUCUUGAGGGUGUGGACAUCACUCUAGGGGUGUGUUCUGGUGGUCUCAUGGUAUAUAAGGACAAGCUGAGGAUCAAUCGUUUCCCCUGGCCCAAAGUCCUCAAGAUCUCCUACAAGCGAAGCAGCUUCUUCAUCAAGAUCCGUCCCUCUGAACAAGAACAGUAUGAGAGCACAAUCGGCUUCAAGCUGCCCAACUACAAGGCCUCCAAGAAGCUGUGGAAGGCCUCAGUGGAACACCAUACCUUCUUCAGGGUGUCGUCCGUGGAGCCCCCGUCGUCCCGCUCCCGGUUCCUGGCGCUGGGGUCAAAGUUCAGGUACAGUGGCCGUACCCAGGCCCAGACCCGCCAGGCCAGUUCCAUGAUCGCCCGGCCCGCCCCUCGCUUCACACGGUCCGCCAGCAAGAGGCUGUCCCGCACCAUCGACGAAGCUGGAGAUGAUGAUCUCCAAGCCUCGCAGCUCUCUGCUAGUCCAAACAAGACCGAGGAUGACGAUUGGUUCUUCAUGCUGGGAUCUGACCAACCCCAGACUUUAUUUUCACCAGCCAGAGGGAGGGAGACUUUCUCUGUGGAGACUUCUACUCAGAGCUGGGAUGAUGGCAAGUCUGUCCAGACAGUCAGACAGGCAUGGCAGGAGACUGAGACAGGCCAGACGGUCAGUCGGACUGUCAGUCAGACAUGGCAGGGACGAGUGUCUGAUGAACAGCAGCAGGGGAGACUGGAGGAGGAGAAAGAGGAGGAUUGGUCUGUCCUGCUGGGCAGACGACUCUCCCUUCCCUAUGUCCCCUACCCCAUGAUGAAACCGCCAGUCAAAUACCGCUCUGCCCAGGUGGCAAAGGUGGCCACGGCCAAAAUUCUGGAGAGGCUGCUACAGCCAAGGCAGGAACAAAGUGAUGACUGGGUCAUGCAGUUGGACCGCAGCUUUGAGUUUGCAGACACACCUCCAUGCUACACUCCUGUUCUUCCUCUACUGAUAACCCCAAUCUGCCCCUCCUCAGUCUCUCCCCCAGUCUCCCUGGAGAAGGAGGAGACUAGGCAGGAGAGGAGGGAGGUGAUCAAGAGGCUCCAGGAAGGGGUGUUCCUGGUGGAGAAGCUGAGGGAGGUAGAGGUGCUGGAUGAGAGACUGAGGGAGGUGAAGGUUUUGGAAGAACGGCUGCAGGAGGUGGAUGAGCUGGAGGAGAGGAUACAGGAGGAGGUGGAAGCCAGGCAGGAGGAGGAGGGAGGGGUAGAACAAGAGGAGGGGGAGGUAGAGGAGGAGGUGGUAGAGGCAGCGGAAGAGAAUGUGGAGGAUGUAGAUGAGUUGGAGGAGCAGAUAAAGGAGGUGUUUCUCAAAGGAUUGCUGCCAGAUGAGUCAGGGGAAGAUGAGGGACUAAAAGAGGAGAGUAUGGAAGAGGCAGAGGAAUCUGAAAAAGGGUGGUCAAAUGUGGCAAGCACCUCCUCUGUGGUACGGAGAGUAGAUUUGAGGACCCAGAAUAGUGUGACUAUAGUGAAAGAGAUGAGGCAACAAGAAGGAGGGAUGGAGGAGGAGACGCUGGAACAGGUGGCGGUUUCAGACGAGGGAUUGAAAGAGGAUGAAGGAUGGUUAGAGGAGAGGAAGCAUCAGGCUUUGGUGGAAGGGUUGCCAGAGGGGCUUGAGGAAAGGAGAGGAGAGAUAAGAGUGGAAAGGAGGAGGAAGAAGGUGACUAUAGUGACACAGGAUGAGAGUCUUCCAGAUGAACUAGAGAAGAAAGCAUCUGAGAAGUUGUCAGAGGACCAGAUAGGAGGCCAUUUUUAUAAAGAGGGACAACUUAUGGUGAAAUUCAAUGAACUAUUUGCGGCAGAGAAGUUAGGGUUACCGAUAGUUACAAUUCAGCAGGAGUGGCUCCAAGAACAGGAAAAGGUCAGGGAGGAGAAACAGGAGGAGAGAGUGGAACAGGUGAAGAUUUCAGGCGAGGGAUUGAUAGAGGUGAAAGGAGGUCUAGAGGAUAGGAUGCGGCAGAUGUCGGAGGAAAGGUUGCGAGAGGGAGAGCAGACUGUGGUGAAAACCAAGAAAACAGUGAGAAUAGUGGAAGAAAUGAGGAGAACACAGAAGACACUCGAGGAAAAGUCAUCAGAGGACAUUUUAUCAGAGGAAAGGCUGGGAGAUGGUUUUUAUACAGAGGGGGAAGUUUUGGUGAAAUUCAGAAAGGAUGUGGAGAGGGUUCCACAUAGAGUCAGACAAAUGGAGAAGCCCCAAGAAGAAGAAGAAGAAGAAGAGGUAGUGGAAGUGAAUAUGCAGCCAUCCCAGCCAGAAGACAAGGACGAUUGGGUUGUGCUGCUGGACAGCCUCCCACACAAGACUCUUUAUAAGCCUCCAGUCAUGCCAGCCGACUCCGCUCUGGUGCCUGUGGUCUCCACAAGAUUCUCUGUGGUGUUAGUAGACACGGUCGAGCAGAGAGCACCAGAGAGGGAAUGCAUUGAAGUGGAGGCCACACAGCAACAGCCUGAAAGGGGAUUGGUGGAAGGACGGAGAUUGUGGCAAAUGCAGGAAGAUGAUUGGUUUAUGCUCUUGGACCUGGUUGAUCGUGUUCCUUCAGGUGUACCAACCACACCAGUUUCAGCUUCUUUGCAAGAGCAAGUUCAGGUGUACGUAGAUGAAACCAUCUCUUCCAUGGUUAAAGUGAUGACAGCGGUGCAGAGAGAGGAGACCAGGGUGACUGUAGUGGAGGAGAUGGAGUUACAGGAAGACCAGAGCCGUCUGGAACAGAAACUGUCACAGAGAGAGAUGGAAGAUGGCUGGUUUGUUUUGCUGGACAUUGUUCCCAGAGAACCAUCUGUGAUUCCGUCAGUAUCUGAGGAAUGUGUGUUUGUAUCAGCUUCUGUGGAAGAGCGUAUUCCGGUAUACCCUGAGGAAAGCGUCUCCUCUGUGGUUGAGUUGACGACAGUAGAGCAGAGAGAGGAGAGAAGGGUGACUGUAAUGGAAGAGGAGCGACGUCAAGAAGAAGUUAUACUUCCACCACAGCCAUCAAGAGAAAUGGACGAUGACUGGUUUGUGCAACUGGAUGUCGUGCCCAGAGAAACAUCCUAUAAACCACCAGUCGCUCCAGCAGAGCCAACACCGGUUUCUCCAGAUGUGAUCAGCCCUGUGGUUGAGGUAAAGGCUGAACAGCAGAAGCCAGUGGUGGUUCUGGUGGAGGAGAUGAGGCCACAACAGGAACGGGAAGUAGAGGAGUGGCAGCGACAACCAGAGAGAGAUGAUGAUUGGUUUACACUGUUUGCUGAUGUCCGUGAGGAGCCGAUCAUUGUACCACCAGUGGGGUUUGUUCUGUUGGAUGCAGUCCGUGAAGAACGUGCUGGGGUUCCACCAGUUUCCCUGGCUGUUAGCGAUAGGGUAUACCCAGAGGUUGUGCCCGCCAAACAUCUGACCAUUGAGCCUGAACCAAGAGUGUUUGUGGUGGAAGCAGUCCGAUUACUUCCUGAAGACUUUGCCCUGGAGGGUAAGGCAACACAACCGCAGAGAGAGCAGGAUGAUGAUUGGUUUUUGCAGCUGGAUGUUGCCCCUAAAGUAGCAGCUGCACCAGUGGUGGUGAUUUACUCUGGUGUGAAGGAGACAGUGGAACAGAAACCACCAAAGACCGUGAGGAUCAUGGAAGAGACUGUUAAGAUGGAGGAGGGGCCUGUGGUAACACCUAAAGAAGUGGAUGAUGAUUGGUUUGUGCUCUGGGACCGCGCUCCCUCCAAGAUACUGACCACACCCAAGGCGUUCCAUGUAGACAGAGAGGUUAUAGAGCUGGUACCCCGGAGAACAGUGAUUGUGGUGGAGGAAACUAGGAAACCACAUAGAGUGGUGGAGGACAGACGUCAACCGGAGGUUGAACUGGUGAAAACACUGCCUCCCCAAGAGAGAGGGGAGGGUGAUGAUUGGUUCACGCUCUUUGAAGCCUCUCGCCAAGAGCCUGUGAAAAUGCCAACAGUUGCUGUGGUAACUAGACCUGCCCCUGUGGUUGACGUGAUGGUGACGAGCACAGAGCAGAGAACCCAGAAAAGGGUGACGAUAGUGGAGGAGAGGUGGAGAGAGGAGAGGACCCUGCAGCAGAGACUGCCUCAGAGACAGAGAGAGGUGGACGAUGACUGGUUUGUCCUGCUGGAUGCUGCCCCUAAAGAAUUAGUUGCUCUCCGUGAGCGUCUCCAGGUCUAUACUGACAUAACUGUGGUCAAAGGUCCAGCCGCUCAGCCCAAACCCAGAGUGGUGGUUGAGGAGGAGAAGAGACCAGCACAACCCCAGAGAGAUGUGGAUGACCAUUGGUUUGUGUUGCGGGAUAAAAAAUCGGUUGCAGUGGUGGCCACCCACAAGGCCGCCCGUCCGGUCAGCGCCCCAGUCUUCUCCCAGGCAGCACUGAUGGAGGCAGGGAUCCCCAUGGCCCCCCUGGACCUCCAGCAGCCCCAGACAUCCACCCCCAUCAGGCUGCCAGCCCGCCAGGACGACAGGAAGCUGCAGGUCACCGUGGAGGCAGUGGACGAGGGCUCAGCCGAGGUCAAGUCUAAGCAGACGGACACUGAGGAGCCGGUUCAAAUGAGGAAGAAAAGAGCUAAGAGAACUGAGGGUGACUCAAUUUAUAUCAGACAUAGUCUUUUAAUGUUGGAGGACUUUGAGAAGCCCCAGGAGGAUCUCAUCAGGCAUCAUACUAGUAUCAGUGAGCUGAAGAGGAACUUCAUGGCAUCUGUCCCAGAGUCCCGGGGGCCCAGCGAAUGGGACAAGCGCCUGUCCACUCACUCCCCCUUCCGCAGCCUGGGCAUCAACGGACAGCCUUUACCUGAUGCCGACGGGAGUGUGUGUAUUACUCCUAUAAGGGAAGAGCUGGACACUAAGGCAGCGCUACAACAGGACGAGUCCAGCAACACUGUAAGACCAUCGGGGGGGCCCAGCCCCAGCCCUGCUAGCACAGAAACUGGGCCUGAUAGGGUUGACUCCAAAUCCCAUGAUGCACCUGGGGUGGCAGGGCCAUAUGUUCAGGAUGAUGAGCAUGUUAGCUCUGGGACCACCACCAGCCACGUACCUGUCGUUGAGGUGGAGAGGGCACAGCUGCCCCACUCCUAUCAGCUCCAGGGUACAGUGCUGGAGGAGGAGGAGCCGGCAGACCCAGGGUCGAGGGGGGAGCAGUCUGGGAGGAUAACUGGAACCUCCCACACCUCCUAUUUCGUGAGCGGUGUUCCCCAUGUCAUACGCUGUUUCCAGCCCCCUCUGGUGCAGACCCAGACAGUCACCAUCACAGACGUGUCCAACUCCCUCCCUACUGACGUCUCCACUAAGGAUGUCCCUAUCGUUCAGACCCAGACUAUCAGCUACGAGUCUGCAGAGGUGUCAGUUGAUGGGACAGAUGGGGGGAAAGAGGCCACAGCACUGAGCAGCAUUCAGUCCAUUACCUCAGAGAGCAGCAGGGAAACCAGUGGCACCUCCAUCACUACCACCACCACUCACAUCUCCAAGGUGGUGAAAGGAGGAGCGUCAGAGACCAGAGUGGAGAAGAGGAUCGUCAUCACUGCCGACUCAGAGGAUGACCAGGGAAGCGACGGCGGAGCAACAGCAAUGUGAUUCAGCUCAACACACAGUCAGGGAGCCCUAUGGAUCUGAUGCUCAACACACAGUCAGGGAGCCCUAUGGAUCUGAUGCUCAAGACACCAGAGCUUUGUAGUACAGACUAACCUCCCUGUCCCAGAGCCACCCCCACCUCCUCAACCCAUACGGACAUUGUGUCCUGACUGGUCCCCUCUAGAACCACUGUGGUUACAUCUCUUGACCAGAGUCCUGGUUAAAAGUAGUGCAUUAUAAAGGGAAUAUGGUGCCAUUUGGGAUGCAUCCUGGUGUCUCCCUGCCCAGUGGGAUAUGAACAGGCCAGGGAGAAAGCCUAUUGUGUCCUCUCUUUCCAUACUGCUGUUCUGACUGUAUGUUGGCUUCAUUUUGGUCUAUUCCACUCAAACCUGAUAUUUCGCCAAAUUACUCUUUUUUUUUUUGUAUUAUGAUAGUAGGAAAGAUGAACCUUUUCAGUUCUAAGAGCAUUUAGGUCAUUUGCGUUUAAAUGUUUAUUUACAACAUAUUUUUCUGUCGUUUGUAUUGCCACUACUGUGUCAUUGAGUGUGGACUCAGUGAUAUGACGGAGAUGCAGAAAGUAAACAGUGUAGUGGGUCAAUUUCAGCCAAACAACUAAGAACGUUGAAGCGAGAGGCUCGACUUCUCCGCUGUUUUGGUGCCAUGGUUCCAACGCUGUGAACAGAGUGAAGUGAACCCGUGCACAUGCGCAGAUACUGUGUGAGAGCCAAGUCUUGCAUCUGGCUCAUCUCAGUAUCUGCGGUGCUGGUCGAGGCAACGGCAUUUUACUGAGUCUCCCUUUAACAUGCUCAUUUUGACAGAAAUGCACUGUUUUCAACUGGGCUUUAAGUAAUAACAUUAUCAGACUUUUUCAAUCAGAUUAAGAUGCCGGACAGAAACUAGACCUAUUUUUGGAAAGGGAUAACUCCUUUGAGUUUGUUUAUGUUUAUAAUUGAGGAAUAUUCUUUUUUUUGAUUGAAUAUUCAAAUUGAAAUGACAUACCUCACUUAAAAGUAUUGAACAAAGAUAUUGCAUACUCCAACAACCAUGCCUGUUUUGGAUUUGUUCUCUGCUCAGGUAAACUCUCUCUUUCUCAACCAGCCAAGUUAACAUGUGUAAUACUACUAGGUCAGGCCACGAUGACCCUCGGUAUAAACUUUGACGUGAUGACAACUAUCUGUUUUGAAAUGUUUACUCUAUUUUAUAGCAUUACUGGUUUUAUAGUAUUUGUACAAAAUGAGGUGUUUAAGUUAUUGAAGUUCAUAUCCUACUCAAUGGUAGCUUCUCAUAUCAAUAUUGUCUUCUUUUUUUUUUACAGCUUGAAUUUGGGAGUGUCCCCAUGUUUCCCAGUACAUAUUCACCAUUGUUUUUCUUCCUCUUUUAACGCACCAUUGACCUCUAGGACUGCCCCAUGCAGUCUGACGUGAGAGCAAUGGAAAGUCCCGCUGUGUUUUGUCCCUUAAAAUGAUUUUAGAUAGAAAUGUGGUUGAUUUGAUGAAACAAUGCUUUAGUCUGUUUCUCAGGUUUUAUGUCUUUAUCAAUACUGCAGGACAAAACCCCUCUGUAUAUGAUUGUAUGAAGAAUGUUCAGUCUUAAUGUACAUUCUAGCCCUGCAGAUGGGUCCAAAUGAUUCUCAGCUCUUAAACACUUAAACCUGUGCAAGAUGUAUUUAUCACUAUCAAAAGGCAGCUGUCCCAGUGUAUGUGGCUUUUAUUUCAUACAGGGGAACAUAUUUAGUCCUUUUGUACAUGUUCUACCAUCAUUUCUUUGUAAAGUAGAGACUGUUUCAUGUGAUUCUUUGUACUGGGAUGUUUUUUAAAACACGAGCCUGUUCGCAGGCUUUUAGACACAGAAGUCACAUUCAUAAUCAUCUAGUUUGUAAAUCUUUCUUACCACCUGUUUUAGAGUAGAUUCCUCUACCAGUUGGUGUACCCUGUCCUUUUGUAGAUCAGAUAAAGAUACUUGUAUGACAACCCUUUUAGAGAAUGACAAUUGGUAGCAGACCUUUCUUCCCCUCUGAAGAAGUUUGUGAAGGUGGCACAAACUAUUAGCUAGAAGGAUCUUGAGGGCAUAAACUAGAAUCUCAGCGGAGUCCUUCGUUUUUAGAUAUGUAAACUUAUUGCUUUUGUGACUUAUCCCUGUCUUUAAAAUUAAAUAAAAUCAGGAUGAAUUAUCAA